AUGUCUCUCACUCCUCCUCAGGCGCCCCCUUCAUGGGACCAUACCCCAGAGCAGAUACUGAGCAUCACCAAGCAGGCUAUCGAAAAGGAUCGUACAGCACUCGAUAAGAUUGGCAGUCUGGCAGCCCAGGACUCUGAUUUCAAAUCGCUACCCCUUGCUGAGGCAGAGACCGCAUUCGACAUUGUCAUAGAACCUCUCUCUUUCUACCAGAAUGUCUCGCCGUCCAAAGAGCUUCGGGACGCCUCAAAUGAUGCCGAUGCUCUCGUGCGCGAAUACGGCGUCGAUGCUUCCAUGCGUCUGGACGUGUUUCGCGCUAAAGUCGCCGCAGAGAAAAAUAUCAAGGAAUCUGGUGCCUGGGACAAGUUGUCUCCGGAGGAACAGCGGCUCGUAGAGAAGAUGGUACUGGAAGGAACGCGUGCUGGUCUGGCUUUACCCGACAAAGAGAGAGCCGAACUCAUGGACCUCAAGAAGGAGCUAUCCAAGGUUUGCUUGGAUUUCAGCAAAAAUUUCAAUGAGGAGAAUGGUGUCAUCUCGUUCACUCUCGAGGAGCUUGAUGGCGUACCUUCAGAUGUGAUUUCUGGAUAUACCAAGCGUUCGGAAGGUUCAAAGGAGGUCUACGAUGUCACUUACAAGACCCCCGAUAUCUUCCCCAUCUUCAAAUAUGCUAAGAACCCAACGACGCGUCAACGAGCUCAAGAAGGCCACGAAUCACGGCUCUCGAUUAAUGUACCUCUCCUGACCAAGGCACUAGAGCUCCGUCGUAAGAUUGCCUCGCUCCUGGGCUACCAGACCUGGGCCGACUACGUCACCGAAGUGAAGAUGGUCAAAAGCGCAGAUGGAGCACAAAAGUUCCUCGACGAUCUGGAGCAAAAGCUUCGACCGGUCGGAUUGAAAGACAAAGAAUCCCUCCUCGCUUUGAAAAAGCAGGAACACGAGGAAGCUGGUCUUCCCUUUGACGGAGAGUUUUAUGUUUGGGACUAUAGAUACUAUGACCGAAAGUUCAUCGAAAAGACUCUCGACCUCGAUGAUUCUCUUAUCAAGGAGUAUUUCCCAGUUUCCGUUGUCAUCCCAACCAUCCUUUCUAUCUACCAGAACCUGUUGGGUGUUCGAUUUGAAGAAAUCAAAGGCGGUUCAACUUGGCAUCCUGAUGUCCAGCAGUUUGCUGUCUGGGAAAAGAAUGCUAAAGACGAGUCUGAUUUUGUAGGGUAUUGCUACCUUGAUCUUUUCCCGCGUGCCUCCAAAUAUUCGCAUGCAGCCGUGUGGCCUCUGUUACCGGGUUAUGACCUUCCCGAUGGAUCACGAAAGUACCCCCUCGCCGCGAUGGUCGCUAACCUUGCAAAACCGACACCGGAUAAGCCCGCAAUCAUGAGGCAUGACGACGUUGUCACUUUCUUCCACGAGAUGGGGCAUGUCUUCCACGGGUUGCUGAGCCGAACCAAAUUCUCGAGGUUCCAUGGCACUAGCGUGGCGCGGGAUUUCGUUGAGGCCCCUUCUCAGAUGUUGGAGAACUGGUGCUGGGAGCCAAAGGUUCUGCAAAAGAUGUCCAGUCAUUAUGAGACCAGCCAACCUCUGUCGUCUGAGCUUAUUGACAAACUCAUCAAAAGCCGGUACGUCAACGUUGGCCUAUUCUACCUCCGACAGCUUUUCUUCGCCAAAUUCGACAUCAAAGUACACACGGAUCAAGAGGAUGCGGACUAUACUGAUCUCUGGAACGAACUCAGGGAGUCCAUCUCGCUAGUCAAAGCCGGUAAACCAUGCCCUGGACAAGGCACUUUCGGGCACAUUACGGGGGGCUACGAUGCGGGUUACUACGGGUACACGUACUCGUUGGUAUUCGCAGCGGACAUGUAUGCUACUAUAUUCAAAGCUGACCCCCUUGAUCCUGCACGGGGCAAACGCUACCGUGACAAGAUAUUACGUGCUGGUGGAGGCCGAGAGGAGCUCGACUCUUUGCAGGACUUUUUGGGUAGGGCGCCCGACUAUGAUGCUUUCUUAAAGGAGAUCUUUGGAUCUGAAGCUCCGUCUAAGUCGAAUAUGUAGUAUGGUGUGAGUAAGUAGGACAUACUAUCGUAUACACAUGUAUAAAUGAGAUGUAAUGCGUUAACCUGGGCGCGUUUCGUCUCUCGAAAAGUUGGAAACAAAGAGUGUAACACGUAACAAGGAGGAGGGUUCCUCAUCGG